CUCGGUGGCGUGGUCCUGCUCCUUCUCCAUUGCUGCCAUCUCGUCUUCUCACCGGUGCCGUGAAGCGAAAGGCAAGCAUGGAGGAGCCGCUCCUCGCCGGAGCGACGGGGACGAAGCACGGAGGAGAUGAGGAGGAGAGCCUGGCGGUGCGCGAGGUCAAGAAGCAGCUGUACCUCGCCGUGCCGCUCGUUGUCGGGCUCCUCUUGCAGAACCUGGUCCAGAUGGUCUCCGUCAUGUUCGUCGGCCACCUCGGUGAGCUCGCGCUGGCCAGCGCCUCCCUCGCCACCUCCUUCGCCGGCGUCACGGGCUUCAGCUUGCUGGCAGGCAUGGCAUGCAGCCUUGACACGCUGUGCGGCCAGGCAUUCGGAGCUAGGCAGUACCACCAGAUCGGCGUGUACAAGCAGCGGGCGAUGCUGGUGCUCGCUCUGGUGAGCGUCCCGGUGGCGGCGGUCUGGGCCUACACCGGCGAGAUCCUCGCUUGGUGCGGCCAGGACCCGGAGAUCGCCGCGGGGGCCGGGAGCUACAUCCGGUGGAUGAUCCCGGCGCUGUUCGUGUACGGUGCGCUGCAGUGCCACGUCCGGUUCCUGCAGACGCAGAACCUCGUCGUGCCGGUGAUGCUCAGCUCCGGCGCCACCGCGCUGUGCCACCCGGCCGUCUGCUGGCUGCUGGUGCGCGGCCUCGGCCUGGGCCGCAACGGCGCCGCGCUGGCCAAUGGCGUCUCCUACCUCGCCAACCUGACCUUCCUGGCGCUGUACGUCCGGCUCUCGCCGUCGUGCAAGGCCACCUGGACGGGGUUCUCCGCCGAGGCGUUCCGCGGCGUCACCGAGUUCCUGAAGCUCGCCGUGCCGUCCGCUGUCAUGGUCUGCAUGGAGUGGUGGUCCUUCGAGCUCCUGGUGCUGCUCUCCGGCCUUCUCCCGAACCCAAAGCUCGAGACGGCCGUGCUGUCCAUCUGCUUGAACACUAAUGGCUUCGCGUUCAUGGUGCCCCUGGGACUUGGUAGCGCCAUAAGCACACGUGUCUCAAACGAGCUUGGCGCAGGGCGGCCAGAAGCGGCCCGGCUGGCAACCCGGGUGGUGGUGCUCCUGGCGCUGGCGGUGGGCAUGUCCGAAGGGCUCGUGAUGGUGCUGGUGCGCAACCUGUGGGGUUACGCUUACAGCAACGAGGAGGAGGUGGCCCGGUACACCGCCAGAAUGAUGCCCAUCCUCGCGAUGUCCAUCGUCUUCGAUGGCCUGCAGUGUGUGCUCUCAGGUGUUGUUAGAGGCUGCGGCCGCCAAAAGGCCGGCGCCUUCAUCAACCUCGCAGCAUACUACCUCGCCGGCAUCCCUUCGGCAUUCGUGUUUGCAUUUGUAUGGCAUCUAGGAGGAAUGGGCCUCUGGUUCGGGAUCAUGUGCGGGCUGGUGGUGCAGAUGCUCCAGCUGCUCUCAAUCACAUUGUUCACCAACUGGAACAAGGAAGCGUUGAAGGCGAAGGACAGAGUUUUCAGUUCUGCUCUUCCUGUGGACAUGGUAACAUGAGACAGUGGAGAUCAGGCAGAUGGGAUGCAGUUUUGUUGGCAAUAACGCUAUAGGAGGCAUUGCCUUUGUUUUGAUGUAAUGAAUAAUGUUGAUGCUCAUGGAUGCUUCAUAUUGUUUGAACAGUUCAGUUCGUCCUUAUGUCUUCAGUAAAACAUUGAGGCAUGAGCAUGAAUCCAAGUGAUGAUCCGUUCUGACACCAAACAAGAAUAUUUUCUCUGCUCAAACUUUUUUAAUGCCUGGUUGCAGUAUUGAAACGAUGGAGCCAUUUCAGAAACCAGAAUAUUUCCACGAUCGCAUGCUCAGCUUUUCUGUUGCGACAUAUUUUAUAGUUAUCUUGUUUCAGUACCAGCAUGGUAUGCCUAAGCAGCAGGAAGCUCGAUAUUUCUCUAGUCAUACCUGGACUUCACAAGUUUAUCUUGCCUAGCUCCACAUAUGGACCUUUUGCUCUGAACUUUUGAAGAAAGAAGGCUACGGAAAGAACAGGAUUCAAAUGGGGCCAUGGUUAUUUUGUUUUCACACAAAGCAUGAACUAACAGGCACAGCUGCAACAAUGUUCUUUAUCUGCCACACAACAGCUAGCUCAACCUCCGGCCAGAAAGUUAACACUAGGUACGGAACCCAAACUAAAUUUGCCAACACAGCAAAAGACAUCAGCUGCCAAACAGGACAAGCUUUUUUUGUAGCUUCAAGGUUUCCUUGCACCUCUCGGAUCUUGAUGCGACACAGGCAUAGUAGGCAGCCGUGGGCUGUGGCAAGCUUCCUGGACGUUGAUGCCAACUUGCUAACGUUCCACAUGUCCCAAACAAAGCUUCAGAAUCUGCAUCACCAUCAGAUCUUGCCAUCUUGGUCAUCUGCACCCAGUUGAUGAAAGCGGGAGUGGUGAAUGGCACGGAGUUGAUGACCCAGCUUCGAUCAUCUGAUCCAAAAUCAACCGGACGAGUAAUCAGAUCCUUUCCUGGAGAAGCGAAGCAGCAAGUUACCAGCUCCUGCGUCGUGCCACAUCGUUCAUCGUUGAGACAUUCUGUCGAGCAGGCUGUGUGCAUGAAUAAAGGUCACGGCUUUUUUUUUUUUUGGAAAGGAUAAAGGUGACGGAUUUUGGGCAACCUACUGCAAGAGAGAAUGGAAGAUGUGCAGAAACACGUAGUCAGUAGGUACUGGUAGAAACAUUGCUGUUACAGGUGAAUGAUCAUUAUUUGAGUGUUACAGACUCGCGAAAAAACUCACGAAAACUCAAAUUAUAACAAUUACCAUCGCUAUAUUUCCUACCAAAAGCGACUUGCGAUGUCAACUUCUGCCAGAUUGAAAGAAGUGAUAAAAAACAUUAGGCAAAAUUUCUUCUCGUAUUUCACAUGCACUCGAACUCUUGUAAAGGUUCCCAUAUUUCUUUAAGAGUAUCCGCAAACCUCAUCACCCACAUCUGUAGGGUGUGCAUUUUCAUUUACGCGUUAGUAAUUCAGUUGUUCAGACAUGUCUUCAUACCUGUCGACUUCAGCUUUACAAGGUCCUGAUAUUUGAUCCUUUUUCAGUGGCAUCUGAACAAGGUGUGAAGGAUUCAGGCAUUCAGCUCACAACAUCAACGAACUUGCAUUGCAUAUUGCUAUGAAUUAGGAUUCCCAGAACCAAAUGAACCGACCACACAGAAUAAUAGACCAUACAUAUUGGUAAUGGGACGACAAUAAUGUAAAGUGGGGUGCGUAGAUGACAGACCAGAAAUAUGUCAGCUUAUGCCUGCGAAUAUGCUCAGGCUUCAGAGUUCAGGGUACGGCUACACAAACAGAAUAUCAACCUGAUUCACAUGCCUACCCAAGGACAGAUCAAUGCUCACCGAUCUAUUCAAGCAAGCUGGUCUAGAAAAUUUGAAGGUUGAGACUUCAGCUUGCAAUGAAAAUGUUAAACCAUACAAGUGGGACUGACAAAACAGAGUCACUACUAGGAAUCCAGCUGCUACUAGGAAUCCUCAUUAUAAAGCAUUGACAAAAAUUUACCAUCCCAUUAAGUAUAUACCUGCCAAAGCCAAAUGCUACAACGGAAUGUCUUAAAGAUUAGCAGAACCAACAGCUUAAGCAACAGCUUGGAAGAAAUACAAUCAUCUCAUCACUGGCACUCACUAAUGUGAUAAUAGCUGACAACUACAGAAAUAUAGCCACCUGUUAAACACCUUGAAUCCCACCCUUUAAACUAAUACUAAAUCACCUCUUUCCACCUGAAUCUUCUAUCCAGCCACC